CGGUGGGGAUGGCUGCUAUGCAAGAAACAGAAAACUUAAUGAAGCUGGGAUUUAGUGAUGAUAACUCGCAGUUAAUUAACUAAUUAACUUGAGAAAAACUUUGCAUCAAAGUUUUUUUCGGACACUUGUAAGAAUUAGAUUUGUUUAUUUGGUUUUUAUCUGUAACUCUAACUGGCGAUGACUUUUACAAAUAACAAUCCUGAAAAAGGGAAACCCGAACUUGUUCAGAACGGAAAGAUACCUGAGGGGAAAGAGAAACCACCAAAGAAAAGCAAAAGAUGUAGGAAGCGCCUUUCGCAACUUCUACACACCCACGUGGUUUUGAUCGCCGUUUGCGUCCUCAGUGCUCUUGACGCCGGCUGUGUUCUGGGACAAAUCAUCUGCGAUAUACUCAUCAUGUCAGAAAAGCUUCAUGACAGCGAUACAAUGAAGUCCGAGGCCUUGUCAGUGUUAAUGAAGGUGUGUCACGGGGCAAACUUCAGUGUACACGGUCACCCACCCUCACUGGAGGAAGCGAUGGCGAUCGUCAAGGGUCACUCCUGUUACUCCGCCAACGUCUCUACUGGCCACAGCGCGGAGGGUCAUCACCGCCUCAUGUAUAACUAUGCAACUUCUAACCGCGAAAGCGUGAUACACCACAGAUCUAAGCGAGCUUCCGGUUCCGGUUCCAGCGAUCACAGUCACGCUGAGCAUACUCUUGUGGAGCAUCUUACCCACGCCUUCCAUCUGGGCAGUCUUGUUAUUUUAUCACUUCUUGUUUUUGAGACUUUCCUAAAAAUAUUCGCAAUGGGAAGCCAUUUUCUCAAUCACAGACUUGAGGUAUUUGAUGCAUUUGUGGUCACUGUGUCCUGGAUUCUCGAUCUGUCGUUCUACGAAGGAAUUUGGGCACAACCCGGGUCAGAGGCGGCCACCAUUCUGAUCAUUAUUUUACCCUGGAGGGUUAUAAGGAUAGUGAACAGUUUUGUUCUGGUGAUAAAAGAGAAAGAUUUAGUGAUACUUAAAGUUAUCAAGCAACAGUACAGACGUAUGGUGAAGCGGGGAAAAGAACUAAACAACAAGCUAGAACAAUAUAGAAUUGAGCUUCGACAGCUUCAGGGUCUCUGUCGCAAAUACAGAGCCCCGGAACCGGAAAUUACAGCGUGUGCACCGAUGGGAAAGCGACGUCGCAGUAGCGUCAUGUCUGGAAUGUCUAGCUUUGCCUCCAUCGCCAUGAUAGGAGCGGUAGGAAGUCAGCCCGACCUAGGUCGACAGUCCUCAUCAGACGAGGACGACGACGAUAUCCCGACCCCCACGGCCUCGCAGAUCAAAGAGGCCAAUCAAAUGUUACGGUCCGUGUCCUCGGACAGUAGUUUCCUGGAUGGCGGAAUGUCCGAUACCGUCACGUUUUCAUUAUCCCCUGAUCCUACAAGUCCUAACGGCCAAUCAAAUCCUGUGUUUACGUAUGACUUUGAAGCGCCGACUUUAAAAAAUGAUUCAACAAAACUGUGAGAUCUCCCAUGAUCAAAGUAACGACAGGUAGGUGUUAUGUAGAGCUUUUUAAGAUAUAUUUUUCCAUGCUCCCAAAAAUAAUUAACGUUUAUGUACAAAUUUGUACAAAUAUUUUUCAAGUUUUAAAUUAUACAUGUAAACAUUUAAACAAAUAUAUUAAAGAGUCUUUGAAGUGUUUAGAAUUACUCUGUCUAUUGCUUUAAAUCACAGCGUAAGAGCAAUACUAGUAAAUAGAUGUACAUGUUAUGCAUCCUGUUUUUACAAAACAAAAAUUUCUUUGUUACGAGUUAAGCGCCAAUGUUGCCUACAUCUUUUUUUCUUUAAAAGUUGAUCAAAUUCGAUACUAAGGCUACACUUGUUAGGUUCCCUCAAUAUAUAUAUAAGUACUGAAAUAUAAACUAUUUGUAUUUUCAGGUGAUGGGAGGUGUCCACACUUCUACUGUUUCUGUGAUAAUUUUUAUGAUAAAUGUUAUCUGUUGUAUAUCCGCUGUUGGAGAUGACUAAAUAAAACAGUAUAUUUGAGACAUACAUGUACACAAUAGAAAGAACUAACAAUGUUAAACAAAUCCUAGAAAAUUCACCUGAAUAUCCGUCUCUUAAUAUAGUGUUGCUCUAUUGAAAACCAAGAUGUUUGAUUAAAAGAUAGUGUUUUGUACGAGGCAUUCUGCUGUGAAAAGUUAACAUUGGAGUGUCUAUAUCUGGAGACCUGGCCUGUUUUACAUGUUUUUUUUUAAGGGGAACUGGAUUUUUAAAAAAAUCAGUAUAUUAACAACUAUUAACAAGUGGGAUAUGUUCGUAUAGUGUGAACCAUCUUCCCUGUGUAAAUUUAUAGAUUGCGUCAACGUUACCCCCCCCCCCCCCCCCCCAGUAAUUUGCGUAUUGUAAUAAAAACAUUCACCGAAAAUCUCUGUUUCAAUCUUGUUGAAAAAGUGUAUUCAAUGUACAUUAAAAAUCAAAGUACUGAAGUACUGACGGGAGUUGAUUUUUUUGUUUUCGUUCAGCCAGAUGCUCGGUUGUCUCCAUUAAUCUCAAACAAACAAGAGAAUGUGUACACCAGGUCACGUGAUAGCUUGAUGACGCGACCUCUAAAUAUAGAAUUACUCUCUGCUUGUCGGAGAUUAACGGAGACAGCCGAUGGUUGAACGAGACUUUAUUGAACUCUGGCGUAUGAAUACAUACGACUGCAAAAAAAUAUCUAAAUUGUUUGCACUAUUUAACAAACAAAUUUCUUAAAAACCAAUGCUUCAAGCUACAUUUCAUCGAAUUUAUCGAUUAUUUCCAAGAACUAAAUCUUGUCAGCGGUGAUGAUUUGUGCUUAGAUCAAAACACUGUUUCACUUUCGGUUUCCCAGAGUAACUCCAUAGAGAGGUUGAUUAAAAUCAACUCCCAAAAAUUAGUGACGACACUCGAGCGCGUGUAUAUUCCGCUUUCAGGUGGUUCUUCCCGACACCAUUGCCAUUUCACAGGACAUGAUCAUUCGUGAUUUUAAUGAAACGAGGUUUCGAAAUAUUCAACAUAAAAAUCAUAAUAGUCCAAAGACAUAUCGCUUAUCGAAUUCAAUUUCACGAAUGCAAUUGAUAUUUGAUACCAAUGCAAACGUCGUCAGGAAUCCACAGGCUUGCUGACAAAGAACUUUCUCAAUCUACUUUUCUUCUCUAGUCUGAAAAUUCUGCAUUAUAUUGCAUUUAUAUUAAUUCUUCUCGUAUAUGUAUAUUUAACCAUGCCAACUAAGCCAGAUGAAUUUAAAUAGUUAAGCGGAAAUUACAAAUUUAUAGAGUUUAGGUAGGGACUAUAGUUUGUUGCGGGAGAUUUUCAAGAAAAAAAUAAACAUUUUUCAAUAGUUUUAGAUUACUAGUUCUGUAAAUUUAGCUUGGUAAAUUUUCAAUGCAGAGCAAUAGUUUGGGUAUUGGGAUUUCGAAAAAACAUAUUUGUACAGUUUAUUGAUAUUUCUAUUGACAUAUAUUGGCAUGUUUAUAUUUCAUAAAAUAAAAAAAGUAAACUCCAAUUAUUGCCUAAAAUUAGCUUACUCCAUGCCAUAUCUUAAAGUUUACAUAAUUGACCCACACUUUUUGUUAUUUUUUUUAAUUAUUAAGAAUUGUUUGCCAUGUAUGUUAUAAUUUGAGUAAAAGUUUUCGAUUAUUAAACCUUUUUCAAAAAUA